UAGCAGCUUUGCUUCCCUGGCUCCUCUCUGCAUCCUCCCCACCCUACCAACAACAUGCACCUUGCCAGUUUGCUCAGCUCCUGCUCCCUCCUACUGCUCGUGGGAGCCCUUCCUGGAUGGGCGGCCAAUGAUGACCCCAUUGAGAAGGUCAUUGAAGGAAUCAACCGAGGGCUGAGCAAUGCAGAGAGAGAGGUGGGCAAGGCCCUGGAAGGCAUCAAUAAUGGAAUCACUCACGCUGGAAGGGAAGUGGAGAAAGUUUUUAAUGGACUUAGCCACAUGGGGAGCCAGGCUGGCAAGGAGCUGGACAAGGGCAUCCAAGGGCUCAACAACGGCUUGGACAAGGUAGCCCAUGGGAUCAACAAUGGCAUUGGACAAGGAGGGAAGGAAGCAGAGAAGUUUGUCCAUGGGGUCAACAACGCUGUUGGACAGGUUGGGAAGGAGGCAGACAAAGUGAUUCAGGGGGUCCAUCAUGGGGUCAACCAGGCGGGAAGCGAGGUGGGGAGAUUUGGCCAGGGGGUCCACCACGGGGUGAGCCAGGCCGGGAAGGAGGCAGAGAAGUUUGGUCAGGGGGUCCACCACGGGGUGAGCCAGGCCGGGAAGGAGGCAGAGAAGUUUGGUCAGGGGGUCCACCAUGGGGUGAGCCAGGCUGGGAAGGAGGCAGAGAAGUUUGGCCAUGAUGUUCAUUAUGCUGCAGGGCAGGCUGGGAAAGAGGGAGACAAAAUAGUCCAAGGGUUCCAUCCUGGAGUCAACCAGCCUGGGAAGGAGGCAGAGAAGUUUGGUCCGGGGGUCUACCAUGGAGCUAAUCAGGCUGGGAAGGAGGGAGAGCACUUUGGCCAGGGAGUUCACCAUGCCGUUGAACAGGCCGGAAAGGAGGCAGACAAAGUGGUCCAAGGGGUCCACGAUGGGGUCAACCAGGCCGGGAAGGAGACAGAGAAAUUUGGUCAAGGGGUCCACCACGCUGCCGGCCAGGCUGGAAAGGAAGCGGAGAAACUUGGCCAAGGUGUCCACCAUGCUGCCGGCCAGGCCGGGAAGGAGGUGGACAGGUUGCCGCAGAAUAUUCAUAAUGGGGUCAACCAAGCCGGCAAGGAUGACUACAAGCUGCUGAAUAGCACUCGCCCAGGCGUUUCCGCCGGCCAGCAAGGAGGGGCCGCAACCACAACAUUAACAUCUGGAGCCUCGGUCAACAAGGCCUUCCUCAGCUUUCCAGCUCUGUGGAAGAGCGUCAUCGCCAUCAUUCCCUAAACUGAUGCACUGGCCUUAUCAGCAGACUGACAUUCCUGUGGUCACACUAACUGACCUGACCUGAGGAGCUGGGGGUGGGGGAACAGACUUCCCGAGUCUCACAAGGGGGCUGUGCUGGGAUUUGUGAAUAAACACGACACUCUUUUACUCCCA